UUGAGAGCUAUGCUACAGGCAAACAUUAGACAAAAUCUCCACGUCUGUGUCCAGAUUGCUACUAAGUAUCACGAACAGUUGGGGACAAAUGCGCUUAUCGAAAUUUUCGAAUCAUUCAAAUCAUUUGAAGGCUUGUUUUAUUUUUUGGGUUCUAUUGUUAAUUUUAGUCAAGAACCUGAAGUUCAUUUUAAAUAUAUUCAAGCUGCCUGUAAAACCGGACAAGUCAAAGAAGUUGAGCGUAUUUGUCGCGAAAGCAAUUGUUAUGAACCAGAACGAGUUAAAAAUUUUCUUAAGGAGGCAAAACUUACGGAUCAAUUACCUCUUAUUAUUGUCUGCGAUCGCUUCGAUUUUGUUCAUGAUCUCGUCCUUUAUUUGUUUCGUAAUAAUUUGCAGAAAUACAUUGAGAUUUAUGUGCAAAAAGUUAAUCCAGCCCGUUUACCAGUAGUUGUUGGAGGUCUUUUAGAUGUUGAUUGUUCAGAGGAUAUAAUAAAGCAGUUGAUGGCCGUUGUUCGUGGUCAGUUCAAUACUGAUGAACUUGUUGCAGAGGUGGAAAAGCGCAAUCGGCUGAAGUUAUUACUGCCAUGGCUCGAAUCACGUGUACAUGAAGGUUCUGUUGAGCCUGCUACACACAAUGCCCUAGCAAAGAUUUACAUUGACCUUAAUAACAAUCCUGAACGUUUCUUGAGAGAAAAUCAGUAUUAUAAUAGCUCUGUUGUCGGUAAAUACUGUGAAAAGCGUGAUCCACAUUUGGCGUGUAUUGCAUAUGAACGUGGACAUUGUGACCAAGAUCAAAUCAGAGUUUGCAAUGAAAACGCAUUAUUCAAAACUGAAGCUCGUUACUUAGUUAGACGGAAGGAGCCGGAGCUGUGGGCAGAAGCUUUGAGUGAAUCCAAUAUUUACCGUCGACAAUUAAUUGAUCAAGUUGUUCAGACAGCACUUUCUGAAACCCAAGAUCCUGAAGAGAUAUCCGUUUCUGUUAAAGCGUUUAUGGCUGCAGAUAUGCCGAAUGAACUAAUUGAACUUCUGGAAAAAAUAGUUGGCAUGUCUUAUCAGUCUCCACUUCACAAUGGAGCUAGUAAGAGGAGUGCUUAUCUUGGAAAAGAUGGUUUACCAAAUCUGGACUCAUUAAAGAUCCAGUCCAAGGACUCAAAUGUUGAUAGAGAAUUUAAAAUUGACUCAGGAGCUCACGUAAACGGUUUAGCUACGGCACUUGCAAAUGGAAUUUCUUCUGUUGAGGGUUACGUUGGUUACUCCAACUUACCUAACCAGAUUUAUCGGAAAGCUGUUCGCAAGGGGUUUGAAUUCAAUAUCCUUGUUGUUGGAGAAUCAGGCGUUGGAAAGUCCACGUUCGUGAAUUCACUGUUUCUCAGUGAAGUUUACAACACUGAUCACCCUGGCCCAUCUAAACGUCAGAGAAAAACUACUUGUGUUCAGUCACACACAGUUAUACUUAAAGAAAAUGGUGUUUAUCUAAAGCUCAAUUUGAUCGAUACUCCAGGGUUCGGCGACUGUAUAGAUAAUACUAACUGUUGGCAACCGGUUCUGGAUUAUAUUAUUUCGCGCUUCGAUGAUUACAUUUCUGGAGAGAGCCGAGUCAAUCGUCCGUGUCAGAGCAUCCCAGAUCAGCGUAUCCAUGCAUGUAUUUACUUUAUUGCUCCGACAGGACAUUCACUGAAACCAUUGGAUCUAGAAUUCCUGUCACGCAUACAAGAUAAGGUUAACGUAAUUCCCGUGAUCGCUAAAGCUGACACAUUGACUCCAGAAGAAUGUCGUGAAUUCAAGAAAACAAUACUAAGUGACUUAGCAUCUAGAAAGAUACGCGUAUUCGAGUUUAUCGACCCACCUGAAUGCUCAGAUCGGAGCAACGAUGAGGAAUUAGUUAAACUACGACGACUACGCGAUAGGGUUCCCUUUGCUAUUGUCGGAGCUAAUACACUGAUUACUAAUAAUGCUGGAGUUCGUGUUCGAGCACGCUCUUAUCCUUGGGGUAUCGUCGAGGUUGAAAACAUGGAUCAUAAUGAUUUUGCUGCCAUACGGUAUCUUUUGUUGAGCGUUUACAUGCAGGAAUUACGUGAUGUGACUCAUAAUGUUCACUAUGAAAAUUAUCGAAAUGCCAAACUUUCAGGCAUUGCUUUGGAGAGCCACUUUCAAACACGUGAUGGUAAAGAUCCAAUGGCUCUCAUGGAAGCUGAGAAAAAAGAACAUGAAGCCAAAAUGCGUAAAAUGGAAGCAGAAAUGGAAGCUGUAUUCGACCAGAAAGUUGAAGAAAAAAAUCAGAAGCUUCGCGAACUAGAAUCUGAUUUAAUGCGACGUGUAGAGCAAAUGAGAGAACAAUUAAAAGCCCAAGAAUUAGAACAAGAAGCUGCCCGACGUGCAUUUGAAUUAGAACGUCAAAAUUGGGAAGAAAAUUGGCGUGAAUGGGAUAUUGGUGCAGAGAUUGGGACAAAUGGUCCAACACUAGGCCUUGGUGAACGAGUUAUGAAUGAGGUAAUUAAAGAACGUGUAAAAACUGAAAAGAAAAAGAAAGGACUUUUCUAAUUUCUUAAAAAUUAUAUUCUUGAACUGGUGAAAUAAUAGGUUUAUUUUGUUCCCUAUUGGGAUUAUAUUUCUUCACUAUUGCUAAGCCAAAUCAAUUGAAUAUAGUAUCCGUUUACUAUUUACGGUAUUUGUGCAUUUCAGAAUAAUUCCUUUGAUGUUAUAAAAUCAGGUAUUUUUGACGAUCCUCAUUUGCAUUUACAUCACCGGAUAAUUCUCCUUAUCUUCAUUGUUACUGUUGUUUUCGCUGCUGAUACUACUGUUUUUUUCUAGUCCUCGUGGUUUCUCUUCGUUUUCGUCGUUGCCACUGUUUUCGUUUUGUACUAAAUAUUUUGAUUUUAUCAAUGCUGUCGUUUUUAUUCCUUUUCCAUUAUCCGAGUGACAAAGAAUCCAUAUGAGUAUAUUAUUAAUUAUUAUCUAUCAAAAAUUGUCACUAGUAUUAAUAAUUAAUGUUAUUAUCAAAAUAUCAUUUAUUAGUAGGUAGGUAUAAAUUAUUUAUGACCUCAAUCUGUAACGAUUUGUUGUUUUGCAAUGAUUAGACUUUAUUUCAAUUAACUAUUACUAAUAAUGUGUUUUUUAAACGAUAAUCGUCAAGUCAAUGCAUAUUAUGAUGUGAACAAACAGGUAUAAUCAUGUAUCUAUCAAACUAUCUUUAUUUGCAUUUUUCUUUACAAAUUUCUUGCAUUCAUAACAACAUUUAUGUUAACUUAUCUGUUUUACUUCAUAUUUUUAUUUGACAAUCAAAAUUCUCGUGCUUUAUUAUAUUCUUUUCGAAAGGUAUGCGAACAAUCCA